UUGGCCUGAUCACGAGCACAUGGCUUGCAUCGUGGAAGAAACACUAAUAUAAACAGGCUGGAGGUGUGCCGCAUGCGUACCCCGCGAUGCACCUUCAUUUCACUGGUCCUCGUUCGCCCACAUUCUUCUUCUGCUAGUCUAUGACGUCAACUCACUUUCGCAACGAGGCACGCGAGUUUAAGAAAACCAUCAGAAGGAAGUGUAAAUUCCCUACGUACCCCAAUCAUUCGCCAUGGACGACUGGCAGGAUGCCGCCUUCUCGUCGCGACAUAUGCACAACCGCAAUGGUCGCGGCAGCAAGUCCAAACACACGGCCGCGUUCGAUGUGCGCAAAACAUUUGCAAGCUAUUCAGUAAAAUGUCCAGCAUGGCAGAAAGCUUUAAGUGCCAACGGAGAUGCUCCGCCAGAACAGGAUGCAUCGCUGGAGUUGUAUCGUCUCACCGAAGGUGGCGAGGGUGUCGUUGGCCGACUGUCUUUGCCAGGAGUAUUACAAGCGUCGGUCAUCUUAGCCGGCAGUCGUGACAGUCUUAGGCGAACGGUUGCAGAGGUGGAACCGGAUGAAUCGAACGAAGAGGAAGACGACGGGCACGAUGACGAGGAAGAAGAGGAGAGCGAUAAUACCGAGCCUGAAUCUCCCGAAAGAACACGCUUCGAGACAUUCGAGAAGAACAGCUUCCGCUCCCCAAAGUUCUGGUUUCGAUGGAGCGGCGAAUCUAUGGAUGCUGCUCAAAGUGUACCCAGAAAGACUGGCAGCCACGAAACAGAACUAGGAUACAUCGUCUUCGCUGGCAAUGACUGUCGCAAGUUCAAAGGCACAUUUAACUGCACGAAUCUGAAGUGGAAGAAUGUAGCCAUCGCGGGUCACAAGCUCGUAGCACGAUCAACUUCUGAUGCACAAGUUACUUGGGGAAAGGCGGGAGUUCCAAUAUAGGUUUUGCUAUCCCAAUACAGCUGUCUGUCGUAUUCUCAACUAGAAAACAGCGAAUUCAUCAUGAAGCCCGUCGCAAACGCGUGAGCGAGGAUAGUAUGAUAGCAUUACUACCUCCCAAUAUGGACCCCAAUCUCAACAAGCGUUCAAUGGUGCUGUCUCAGGUCAGUGAACCGCCUCCACUCAAGGUCGAAUACGGAAUUAGCA